AAUGUACUCGCUAUCUUUGAAACCCUAGAAAGUAUCAAAACCCUAAAAGCAUUCACGCUUGAGGCUUCUCUCUGCAACUCCCGAGCUCGAAAUUCUCUCUCUACGUUCACUCUCUCUCUCUAGAACCUUUUAUCUCUCUAAAAAUCUUUUGCGCAGACAUGGGUCGAGUUCGAACCAAGACUGUGAAGAAAUCAUCGCGCCUUGUGAUCGAGCGAUACUACUCUCGAAUGACCCUGGAUUUUCACACCAACAAGAAGAUCCUUGAAGAGGUCGCCAUUAUUCCUUCAAAGCGCCUUCGAAACAAGAUCGCAGGCUUCUCAACCCACCUGAUGAAGCGUAUUCAGAAGGGGCCAGUUCGAGGUAUCUCUCUGAAACUCCAAGAAGAGGAAAGAGAGAGGAGAAUGGACUAUGUACCUGAUCAAUCCGCCAUCAAAACUGACUUUAUCGAGGUGGAUAAGGAAACUCUAGACAUGCUUUCGGCUUUAGGCAUGGCUGAUUUGCCUGGCGUGGUGAAGCAGGCUGAGCCUGCAGCGACUGGAGGUUGGAACAAACAAGGAGGUGGGUUUCAGGGCCCUUCGGGUGCUAGUGCUCGAAGAUAUUGAAUAUUUCUUCUCUUUUAGGUUUGAUCUGCAAAUUUUUGCUUCCGAAUUUGUCUAUCUUUGAUGUCAGGGACCUCAAAAUCAGGAUUUUUUUUAAUCUUUUUUGUUUUUUUGUCGUUUUUGAAGUUAAGAGAUGUUCAAGAUUAGGGAUUUUCCUCAAUUUUGAUCUCUUUGAGGUUAACAGAUUAUAAAAUUAUGGUUUCUUUGAAUUUUUC